UAAUUUUACCGCAAAAAUGGAAGCUACAAAUCUUAAAAGAACUGCAGAGAACAUGGACCAAGGCCAUAACGGUGCUAAAAGAGUCAAGAUUAGUGAAGAAGAGGAGAUAAAAGCUACACCAGAAGAGAGAAAAGAAUAUGGAGGUCUUGAAUGUCCCCUUGGUGAUGUUAUCAAAGUGUCGUAUGUCAGAUCAGAGGAAGAGUUGAAUAGCCUUGAGGAACUUAAGGCAUAUCCUGUCUCUUUUCCUGAAAAUUUACUCCAAGCUGAGGUCCUGAAAGGGAUAAAGACUCCUCAGAUAAGAUUGUAUUUCACUCCGGUCAAGCUGAGAGCAUACUGCAGUUAUACCUAUGAAAGGAGAGCUCCAUCUUAUGAUGAACCUGAUUUAAAAAUUAAAGAACAUUUCAGUGCUGGAGAAGAGGAAGAAUCAGACUCCUUUUUCACUCAGGACCUUGAUGAAUUCAAAAUUUGGGUGACUGAAGAAAUGAAGCCUUUUGAGAUAAAACACGAAAUUGUAGAAAGCUUCACUGGUAAAGAUGGAGAAAUUUUUGAAAUAAUCAAAUUUGAUAGAAAGGAGAAGGAUUUUGAAAAAGGAUACAAUCUUCCCUACCAGUGCCAUCUUUUUAUCGAAAUCGAUAACGCCUCUGUGAUCGAAGAUGAUCCAUACUGGAGGUACUAUUGACUCUUUGAGGUUAAAGGAGAUAGCAAAAUUCUUGCAGGAUUUACCACGAUUUACAAAUCAUUUCAAAAUCUUAACAAAUUCAGGACAAGAAUCAGCCAAUUUAUCAUCUUUCCAGAUUACCAAAGGAAGGGACUGGCUUAUAAGCUUCAUGACAUGGUAUACAAGAGGUACAUGGAAAGUCCAGAUUGCUUCCAGAUUACAAUGGAGUCUCCAACUCCAGUGAUGAGUAAGAUCUACAAUAGAUGUGUUCUUGAGUACCUUCUAAAGAAUGGACAUUUGGAUAAACUGCUUACCUCAGACAAGAAAGAUUUUAUUAAAGUUGACCAGACUAAUAUCCUCAAGGUCCUCUCUAGAAGUAUGGCUGAGAUGGAAACAAUGGGAGACUGAGCCAAAUGUGAAACAAUCUGCUGUUCAAGAAUCUAUGAAUUUUUAGUAACUAACAUGAUCGAAGAAAGUGACUCAAAAACUCAUGAGAUCCUAAGAAAAUAUGUUAAGAAAAGGUUCUAUAUCGAAUUUCACCAAGAUUUAAUGCCGAACCAGAGGUUUAUAAGACUCAAGAAAAGUGAGAAUCGCCUGAAGGCUCCGUACUGAAUUUGCUAUGAAGAAGAUGGAGAAGGAGAGGUGAUCACUAUCAACCAAGAUGCAACAAAGAUGCUAAUAGAAGAGGAAACUAUUAAAAUGAAGUUAGAACUGUUUUUCAAUGCCUUUAUGGAGCAAGCCAACGAACUUCAGCAAUAUAAGAGACUGCUAUUGGAAUAAAAUAUUCAAUCUUCAA